AUGACUUUCAAGAAAGUUGACACCCCGCGCCCGGCGUGCAGGGGCAAGGCUGUCGAGGAAGUGGACUUCCCAUACCUCGGCUUUAAUGGGGUUCGCCUCCUUAAGAGGCAACGCGAUGGCAUGCCAAAAGGCUGGCUUCCGCCAUUCCCUCCAUGGGGGGAAUGGGAGAUCGCGAUCCUUCAUCGUCGAGCAACAUGUCAGUCGGUGAAGAAGAAGCUCGACUUCUCCAAGUUCUGA